AUGGAAACUGUUGAAGUGAUUACUGAUCCAAAACUAGAAACAGCCGCCCCUACCGUCGUAGACAAGUUUAAUUGGGCUGACUGGCUUAAUAACGCCAGCUGUGUGCUGGUCGUCUAUGUAGAGCCGUUGUUGUGCUCGAUUGGAUUUCUACUCAAUUGCGCCUGUAUUGCAGUGUUCCUCAGUGUCUCAAGUCAUGGAUAUUUCCGAAAAACAAGUCUCUUAUUUUACCUCGUCGCCUUGUCAAUCUGUAAUGCAUUGCAACUUAUUUUGUCUAUUUUUGUUAUUGUUUUACCGGCUAUGGAACAGGUUCGUGAUGUUUUGCAGACUUUUUUAACUACCGUACCUUACUCAAUAUUGAUAUUAGAGUCCAAUCAAAUUAAAUUGCCAUUGACAUUGGUCUUUAGCAUACCUUUUAUACAAUUCCAGUUCAUCGGUGACGAAUUUCCGCGAGAAGCUGAUAAUUUGCAUCGAGUGAACGCAAUCACUGUACGGCUUGGUUAUCCGCUUAUGUUAGCUGCUAACUAUGCCGCAAUCUGGCUGCUCACACUUAUUUGUGCUCAGAGAUUCCAGGCCAUUUGUCACCCAUCAAAUCCAUGGAAACUCCGACUCACAUGCAUUCGACGGAGUAAAGGGGCGGUAACUGUUGUUGUUGGAGCCGCUCUAGCGACAGCAGCUAUUUUUAGGGAUCAUUUAUUAUACAAAGUGAUACAAGAAGGAAUUGUCUACGGCUUAAUUGUCUAUGGACUUCCGAUAUGCCUUCUGUUAUGGUUAAAUCUGAACACUAUACAAUUAAUACGUGGUGAACAGCUUCAUGUGCAGGCAUCCCGACGAUCAGCAGAAUAUCGAACAGCUCUGAUGACUGUCUGUGUAUUUGUGUUCUUCUUUCUGUGCACUACACUUUCGGCAUCGAUCAGACUGUUUAUGAUAACAGCUGGUGGUCUGGUCGAUCCGCUAGAAUUAGUAUGGUUAGUGGAUUUGUCGAAUCUGCUGAUGAACAUUAAUGCACUAGUCACGCCUAUUAUUUGCUUUAUAUUUACCAGAGGGUUUAAGGACCUCUUCUUUGUGAUACGAUUUGCUCCGCCAAAAUGUUCGCCUGAUGAGAAGGAUUUUAGUCCUCACUUGACGCCAAUGCUCUCGUCUGCAGAAUAUCAACAUUUAUAG